GUCAGCCAUGUUGUUUGUCUGACAGCGCCGUACAGCAACAGGUUGUCAAAGAUUCUUUAUAUAACAUUGCGGAAAUCAUUUAAAGAAACCCCUACGGUCGAUGCUCUUUCAUUUAAUUCCGAGGGCCAUGGAAAAGGAUACGUUUUCUUCUCAGGAGAUCUCGCCAAGUCAGUAAUGCUGUUGUGUAAUAUGACUGAGCUAGCCAGCUGAGACGAGGAGAUCAGGACCGCUCUCCUCAUAUCCCUGCCACCUGCAGCCAUGAAUGGUGGUCGGAGUAUUUGGGCUAUAACCCCAGAGGAGAGGGACAAACAUGAUCAAAAGUUUGACAGCCUCUUGCCAGCUCAGGGCUAUGUUACAGGGGAGAAGGCAAGGAACUUUUUCAUUCAGUCAGGGCUUCCUCAGCCUGUGCUAGCUGAAAUCUGGGCCCUGGCUGAUAUGAAUAAAGAUGGUAAGAUGGACCGGCUGGAGUUUUCUAUAGCCAUGAAGCUGAUCAAGAUGAAACUUCAGGGGCAGAAUCUUCCCACAGCUUUGCCCAUCAUCAUGAAGCAGCCACCAGUGCCAGCUCCAACUAUGCCAGCAGCACCUCUCGGAAUGGGAGCUAUGCCAAAUGUACCCAUGAUGCCCAAUGUGCCCAUUCUGACCCCCAUACCUAUGGCGACCAUGAGCCCUAUUCCAGUCAUGACUCCCAUGAUGGGCACAGGACUGCCGGUGUCAAUGAUGCCCACCAUCAGCUCUCAAACCCUGCCUAAUGGACCUAUUGCCAUUCUACAGCCGUCCCCUAUGCCUCUCACUUCCACUCUUCCACUGUCAAGUUCCUUUUCUGCUUCUCCGUUGGGUUUCUCCACCACUUCCAUGAACAAAACAUCGUCUUUGCUGGACCUAGGGUCGAGCAGCUCAAACUCCUCCCCCUCCACAUCAUUGGCCAGUAAUUCACCUAAAGGCGGACCCUCUGAUUGGGGCGUUCCACAGGCAUCACGGCUCAAAUACAGGCAACAGUUUAACAGCCUGGACAAGCUAAUGAGCGGUUAUCUAACAGGUCCUCAAGUGAGAACUGCAAUGGCUACAACAUUGCUAACUCAAACACAGCUCGCUGCUAUCUGGAAUCUAGCUGAUGUAGAUAAGGAUGGUAAACUGAAGGCUGAUGAGUUUAUUCUUGCCAUGCAUCUGGUAGACAUGGCUAAAAUGGGACAGCCGCUGCCUUUGGCACUCCCUUCAGAUCUGGUGCCCCCAUCAUUAAGGGGGAGGCUAGGUGAGUCUAUGAAUGGAACCACUCCCUCGAUCUACGCAGGGCUGGCUGAGGACCUCUGUGAGCCUGAGCCUCCACAGAAAUCAAGGAACAAUUUGACUUUUGAGGAUAAGUUCAAGAAAAACAUGGAGCUUGGAAAUGCAGAGCUGGAGAAGCGCCGACAGGUCCUGCAGGAGCAGCAGCGCAGGGAGGAGGAGAGGAGAGCACAGAAGGCCAGAGAGGAGCAGGAGCGGAGAGAAAGAGAAGCACGAGAGCUGGAGCUGAAGAGGAAGAGGGAAGAAGAGAUCCGACUGGAGCGACAGAGGGAGCUGGAGAGACAGAGAGAGGAGGAGAGACUCAAAGAGCUGGAGAGGAAGGAGGCAGCCAAGAAGGAGCUUGAACGCCAGCAACAGCUUGAGUGGGAGAGGAGAAGAAAGCAGGAGCUGCAGAACCAGAAGAGCGAGGAACAGGAGGACAUCAUCAAGCUCCGAGCCAAGAAGAGGAGUCUGGAGAUGGAGCUGGAGGCUGUGGGCAACAAGCAGAAGCAAAUCUCUGACAAGCUCAGAGAUGCUCAAGGCAGAAAGAGAAUUCAUAAAAAUGAGCUGGAAAUGAUCAACCAGAAAAGAGACUCCUGCAUCACUGAAAUCAGCUCUCUGCAGAAGCAGUUAGAGGACUUUAAGAGAAAAUUGGGACAGUCAACUUCUGAGCAGCAGAAACUCACUGACAAACUCCGCAGUUUGAGUCUAAACAGCGUUCCUACUGCAACGGUGAAGACUUUGCAGAACAAUAUGGAGGAGAAGGAUCUUUCCUGUCGAAAGCUUAAAGAGCAACUUAACGCUGUAGAAAAAGAGACGGCGGCAAAAUUGGCAGACAUGGAUCAGUAUAAGAAAGACAUUCAGGAUCUCCGUGAGAGCCAGAGGAUGCAAGAGUCUGCUUUGGAAAAACUGCGCACCAUCAAGGAAGAAAAAAUACGAGAGCUUAAGAAGCGAAAGCAGGAAGAACUUGAAAAGAAAAGAAGAGAAGAGGAAGAACAGAAACGCAUCAAACUAGAAAAGGAGCGACAGUGGCAGGAGAAACUUCGUCGCGACGAAGAGGAGAAACAAAGGAAAAUUCAAGAGGAACGAGAUGCCAAACUUCGUGAGGAGGAAGAGAGAGAAAGACAAGCUCGCUUACAGGCUGCUAAAGAACAAGCGGAACGAGAGCGCAAGGCCCGUGAAGAAGAGGAGAGGAGGCGUAGGGAGGAGGAGGAAGAACGGAGAGAACAAGAGAGACGCAGACUGGAGGAGGAGGACCGCAGGCGGAGAGAUGAAGAGAGGAGGAAGCUGGAGGAAGAAAGGAGGAAACUGGAGGAAGAAAGGAGAAAGCUGGAGGAUGAGAGAAAAAGACAGGAGGAGAUAAGAUUGAAGGAAGAGAGGGAGAGGGAGGAGCGCAGGAGAGCAGAGGAGGAGAGGAGGAGGAAAGAGGAAGAGAGACGAGAAGAGGAGCGGAAGAGAGAGCGUGAGGAGGAGGAAAGGAGACGUCAUCGAGCACAGGAAGCGGCUAUGAGGGAUGCGGAGGAGAGGAAGAGGAUCGAGGAGGAGAGGAAGAGAAAAGAGGAAGAGCGGAGAAAGCAGGAAGAGGAGGACAGGAGGCGGAGGGAGGAGGAGCAAAGGAAACAGGAUGAGGAGAGGAAGAGGAAACAGCAGCAGGAAGAGGCAGCAGCCGCCAGAUUGAGGGAUGAUGAACAGAAUAAGAAGAACACUGUUAAAUCAGACCUCGUUUCUGCUCUUCUGCGCGGCCUGGAGGAGAGGAAAGGCGGCAGACGUCCUCUCGGCACGCAGCACAGGAGAUCAGCUGCACUGACCACGUUUAAAGCGCUUUACCCCUUCACUGCCAGAAAUGAGGAAGAGCUCUCCUUUGAAUCAGAUGAUCUGAUCGAGGUGGAUGAGAGCGUAGAGCGUGAGCAGGGCUGGCUAUACGGCAGUUGGCAAGGGAAGAUGGGCUGGUUUCCUGAGAGCUAUGUGGAGAAGCAGACCAAGUCUGAGGCUCCGGUCGUGGCUAAACAAGCCCUAAAACCCCAGGUCUCCAUCUCUGUCAGUUCCACUGAUGCAUCUGAUACAACUGAUGGAUCCAACUAUGAAGAAUACGUCGCUCUUUACACUUAUGAGAGUCCUGAGCCUGGAGACCUGACCUUCAAUGAGGGUGACACUAUCCUGGUCUCAGAGAGAGAGGGAGAAUGGUGGAGGGGAAGCAUCGGAGACCGAGCAGGACUCUUCCCGUCCAAUUACGUCAAGCCAAAGGAGACCGAUACAUCAAGUCUCUCUGGCAAAUCUGGAAUGCCUGGCAAGAAACCUGAAGUGGCUCAGGUUACUACUGCAUGCACAGCUGCAGGUGCAGAACAGCUAAAUCUCUCCCCUGGUCAACUCAUUCUUAUCCUCAACAAAAACCCCUCCGGCUGGUGGCUCGGGGAACUGCAGGCCAGGGGGAAGAAACGUCAGAAGGGCUGGUUCCCUGCUUCACAUGUCAAGCUCCUGGGAUCAAACAGCGGCAAAUCCACACCUGCAACGCCAUCAGUUGGCCAAGUCAUCGCUAUUUACGACUACACCGCAGCGAACGAGGACGAGCUGAGCUUCUCGAAGAGUCAAGUCAUCAACGUUCUGGACAAAAGCAAUCCUGACUGGUGGAAAGGAGAGCUCAAUGGGGUCACAGGCUUGAUUCCUACCAACUAUGUGAAAUUGACCACAGAUUCUGACCCCAGUCAGCAGUGGUGUGCUGACCAGAGCACUCUGGAAUCAAUGAGCCCAAAGGACCGGAAACGGCAAGAUUACAUCCAUGAGCUCAUUGACACAGAGGAGAAAUACGUAGAAGACCUACAGCUGGUCCUAGAGGUCUUCUACAAGCCCAUGUCUGAAUCAAAUCGUCUCUCUGAGGCUGAAAUGAACAUGAUAUUUGCCAACUGGAGAGAGCUUAUUCAGUGCAGCUCCAAGAUGCUCAAGGCCCUGAAGGCAAGGAAAAAGAGCGGAGGAGACAACAUGCCAGUUCACAUGAUUGGCGAUAUCCUGACAUCCGAGCUGUCAAACAUGCAGGCCUACAUCCGCUUCUGCAGCUGCCAGUUGGAGGGUGCUGCGCUGCUACAACAGAGAACUGAUCAGGAGCCAGACUUCAAAACCUUCCUCAAGAAAAUUGCUACAGACUACCGUUGUAAAGGAAUGCCUUUGUCCAGCUUUUUACUCAAACCUAUGCAAAGGAUCACCCGCUACCCUCUUCAUAUUAAACAUAUUUUAGAAAACACUCCAGAGAGCCAUGUGGACUACAUUCAGCUGACUGAGGCUUUGGAGAAGGCUGAGCUGCUGUGCUUUGAGGUGAAUGAGGGUGUCAGGGAGAAGGAGAACUCAGACCGGUUGGAGUGGAUUCAAUCCCAUGUGCAGUGUGAAGGCAUUGCCGAGAAUCUGAUCUUCAACUCCAUGACCAACUGCCUGGGUCCUCGUAAACUGCUGCACAGUGGAAAGGUCUUUAAGAUGAAGAGCAAUAAAGAGUUACACGCUUUUCUGUUCAGCGACUUUCUGCUGUUCACCCAAGCUGUCAGACAGUUCACUUCUUCAGGAACAGACAAACUCUUCAGUCCGAAGUCCAAUACACAGUACAAGAUGUACAAGACUCCUGUCUUUCUGAAUGAAGUUUUAGUGAAGCUUCCAUCAGACCCAUCCAGCGACGAGCCUGUCUUUCACAUUUCCCAUAUAGACCGUGUCUACACAUUGAAGACCGAGAACAUUAACGAGAGGACUGCAUGGGUUCAGAAGAUCAAAGUAGCAUCAGAAGGUUUCAUUGAGACUGAGAAGAAGAAACACGAAAAGGCAUAUCAGUCUCGAUCAAUGAAGGGAAGUGGCAUUGGUCGCCUGCUUGUCACCAUCUUAGAAGCAACUGAGCUAAAAUCCUCCAAACCAAAUGGAAAGAGUAAUCCAUACUGUGAAGUGACCAUGGGCUCUCAGUGUUACACUUCCCGAACCAUCAAUGACACUGUCAACCCCAAGUGGAACUUCAACUGUCAGUUUCACAUUAAAGACCUGUAUCAAGAUGUCCUCUGCAUUACGAUUAACAAGAAAGAGCUGUUUUCACCUGAUGCCUUCUUAGGUCGCACUGAGGUUCCUGUAGCCACUAUUAAGAAAGAGCUUGAGAAUAAAGGUCCGUCCACAAGGAGGCUGCUGCUUCAUGAAGUGCCCACGGGAGAGGUUUGGGUUCGGCUUGACCUGCAGCUGUUUGACCACAAAACUCCCAAAUGAUGAUGGAGGAUGUCUCUUCAAAGCUGCUCUUCAAGCACAGUGUCUCACCACUAACUCUCAACAUCUUCAAGACUGACCUUUGCCUUACAAUGUCCUCUACUAAUGAGGAACAUACUAAUGAAUGUGUUUGUGUUCACAACUUUGCCAAGUUAUGUUUCUUGAUCAAGCAACAUGGGAACGAAAAGGGAGAAUUAGGGAUUUUUAGUUUUAUUGCCUAAAAAAUAAUUUUUCCACUGGAUGUAGAGAUAUUCUCAGGACCUAUAUUUUGCUUCAAAUAUACUGUCUUUUAUUAAUGUACUUAAAGCUAUAUUUGUUAUACUCGUAAUUUGCCUAGAUCUGAAGUUGAUGAGAACCCCUUUUUUGAACUUGAAUAUUUUCAUCAGUAACACUAAACCAGGUGGUGUUGUUUUAAUUCAUUAUCUGUCUGCCUUAACUGCCAGUUCUUCCAUUAAAAUUCACCCUAACAGAAUUAAUUUGCACCAGUCAGUGGAUCCUCCGUAAAACCUAAUAACAUUCUGUUAAAUGUAACGUGGAAGGAACUUAUUUUUGCAAAGCUUACUAGUUUUAUUUACUAAGGUACAAAUGAGGUGAUUAACCAGGGAUUAUUGGUUACAGGUCUAAUCACUGUUGAUUUUGUUUGCUUGACUGAGUUUUAUUUAUGUUAAUUUAUGCGUCUUGGACUAUCUGCACAUUUUACGCUGCCCAAUAUAUCUGCAAUGCCUUUAAGCAUUCAGGUAAGGUCCUAAUAUUAUAUAUUUUUGCUGAGUUGGAUAGUCUGAGCAGUGACGCAAGUCACAGUUGUUGUUUUUGAAGGUUUUACUCAUUUUAGUUUUAAAUGUAAUAAAUUUUGGAUUAUUCUUAUUUUUCCUUGCUCUACUCUUGCUACUUAGUCCUUGAUUUUUAGCCAAGUAUUUGUUUUGGAGAAAGAUGGUUUAAUGUUGUUUGGUAAGCCAAGCACAAAUAUGCAACAAGCAUCAGGUUUCACAUGCAAAUAAAUACAUUUAAAACGUU